AUGGUGUCGAAAAUCCCAGAUACGGAGUCUUUGCUACUCUAUCCAGGGUUUAAGCCACGAUUAUACAAGCCCCUUACAGCCAGAGAGAUCCGACUCCUCGUGAUCCAACCAGGCGUGUUUCGUGAGCGACUCAGGUGCACCUUGAAGACAGUUUCGCUCGAUGACGAACUUCCACGCUUUGAAGCGCUGUCAUACUGCUGGAAUGAACUUCGAGAUACCGUUAUAGUCGAUGAUCACGCCAUCUCCGUUCCGUCAGAUCUGGCUUGGUUUCUUCGCCGGUUAAGACGCAAAGCAACUCCGCGCACAGUCUGGGCAGACUCUAUCUGCAUCAACCAAAGCGACAACAAGGAGAAAGGGCAUCAAGUCAACAUGAUGCGUGAGAUAUAUCAACGUACUGCCGAAGCUCAAGUCUAUCUCUGUGAGAGCCUAGGCUCAAGUCUGCAGCAACAGGAAGACGAGAUCCAAGAUGACGAGUAUCAGCCAUAUCACUGGCAUGGUGAUGAAAGAGACGUCCAUCUCUCUUCGUUACUUGCAGCAUAUGGCCACCAGCCGUUGAGCUACAUUAUGAUGGAUAUAGUAGCAGUUGGGUUGUUGACAUGCAUAAACGGCCACUUCUGCUCGCUGGAGAAAGAUACAACUGCUGUCAGUGGAUGUUUUCAACUAGCAAUUCAUCAUUUCUCGUACAUGGUGGAGCAGCCGUGGUUUUCUAGGAUAUGGACAUUCCAAGAGGCGGUGCUUCCCAAGGUUGUAUCUGUACACUUUGGGGUCUGCGUCUUUUCGUUAGACAUGAUGCUUAAUGCGGCACAGAAAAUGCUAUCUCUCGUGGGAACAAAAGCCCCGUCUUGCUGUGCGUCAACUUGGGGGCAACUACCACCUUUGGGUGCAUCGGCCGUCGGCCACAUUGAGGGGCAUUUAUGGGACCUAAACCUUCAUCGCAACUCGGCACAAAAGAAUAACCAAAAGCCUAUCCAUGCGGAUGUUGAUUUGGUGCCUUUACUGGAGGCUACCAGGCACAGAAGCUGCAAAGAACCCCGGGACCGAAUAUACGGACUGCUAGGGCUGGUUCAUAACUGGCGCUUCACCGAGCCAAUCACGCCUGAUUAUUCUCUCAGUAUCGAAGAGUUGUACAUAACAGCGACGUGGAAGGCAAUGAUAGAAACGCAGACGACGCUGCUGCUUGCAUACAACAGGCCGAACAAGACGUUGAAUUUGCCAUCUUGGGUACCUGACUGGUCACGAACGUUAUCAGUGGCCGAAAAAGCAUCGAUACCACUGACGAAGACUUCGAAAAGUUACCCCGGGAGACAGGCCCUUGAGCUUCUGCCGAUGGACCGACUGCGUCUAGGCAUGGUAUUUGUUGGCAAUAUUCAAAAGACUCUAGAUCUCUCCGACUUUGGUGUUGAGAAAACCACGCAAGAUCCCCUGGCCUGCGAUGCCAUUAUUGAAGCAAUACGUGCUUGUCGGGGAAUGGUUGGCUUGCCCACCGAUCACGAGUCAACGGAAGAACCCGGCAGAUCCAGAGAUAAGCUGUUCAGAGAACGGAUUCUGACAGACUGCUAUUUCCAUAAGACAAGAGGGUAUCAGCAGUGGAAGAACAAAUGCUCCAGUCUAUGCGAGCAGCCAACCGACACGUUUCAUGGAGGUCAUGCUCAAUGUUUCUUUACUCUGGCGGACGGUCGUUUCAGCCUUGCCAAUUUCGAAUGCUCUACACAAGACGCGGUGUUCGCCACAGUCGGUGGUCUUUCUGUAUUUCUAGUCCUUCGACCGUGCAGAACAAGUCAGACGUGGUCCAAUGUGGAGGAAUGGGAAUUGAGAGGGCCUUGCGAGCUCUGGGACUUUAAUGGAGACGCCAACAAACAGCCUCUCCAGGGAGAUGUAUGCUCAAUCACGUUAGUGUAG